AUGCUGACCGCCGUCCGUGGCACCUCCCCAGGACUCGCCCAUGAUCCAGCUGGAGCUGAAGCAGGAACCCUGCGAGCUCCCGGAUGUUCUGUGGCGCAUCCUCCGGAAGUACCACCUGGUGCGGAGCCCGAUGGAGGAGCUGCACCGGCGGUUCGAGCGUUCUCAGGUGGUGGAGGUUCCGGAGAUAGCGUAUGCGUAGGAAAUUAUCCAUCUUCUUCGCGGCCUAUUAGCGUCGGAUUCGAGUACCGAAGCGAUUUGGGUCUUCUUCGUCUGCUCCGCCACCUACGCCGUGGACGCGACCAGAACCUCGUCUAA